AAGCAAGCAAAAUACUUUUCUGUAAUACUUGAUUGUACUCCUGAUGUUAGCCACACUGAACAAAUGUCAUUACUAAUAAGAUAUGUGGAUGUCUCUACACAUGAAGUUAACAUUGAUGAGUCUUUUUUUAGGAUUUUUGAAUGUGAAUGAUUCAACUGGUCUAGGUCUUUUUAGUACUUUGCAAAAUGAAUUGUGCCUUCUUGAUCUUAAUAUUUCUGAUAUACGUGGACAAAGCUAUGAUAAUGGGUCAAAUAUGAAAGGUAAACAUCAAGGUGUGCAAAAAAGACUUUUAGAUGAAAAUCCUAGGGCUUUUUAUACUCCAUGUGGUUGCCAUAGUCUUAAUUUAGUUCUAUGUGAUAUGACAAAUUCUUGUAAUAAAGCCAAAGAUUUUUUUGGGGUUAUACAACGCAUAUAUACAAUUUUUGCAAAAUCUACCAAGAGAUGGGGUAUUUUGAAAGAUAAUGUACAUGGUUUAACUCUUAAGUCAUUGUCUUCUACUCGUUGGGAGAGUCGUGUUGAGAGUGUUCAAGCAAUAAGAUUUCAAAUGGUAGAAAUACGAGAGGCUUUACUUCAAGUGGCAGAUGUUGAUGGUGAUUCCUUAGUAAGAAGUGAAGCUAAAUCUUUAGCAACAAAUGAACUUGGUGAUUUUGAAUUUUUGGUUGCUAUAGUUAUAUGGUUUCAAAUAUUGUAUCAUGUUAAUUUUGUUAGUAAGUACUUGCAAUCCAAAGACAUGCUUAUUGAUGUUGCUAUCCAAAAAAUUGAGGAGUUGAUUUCAUUUUUUGAGAAGUAUAGAGAUAAUGGUUAUAAUGAUGCUUUGAAUUCUGCCAAGGAAAUUGCCAUUAAAAUGGACACAAACCCCGUUUUUCCUAAGAGACGUGAAAUUCGUAAAAAAAAACAUUUUGAUGAAAAUUCAGUUGAAUCAUUAGAAGUUUCAUUAACAGCAGAAGAAUCAUUAAAAGUUAACUAUUUUCUUUUCAUUGUUGAUCAAGCUAUUGUUUCUCUAAGGAGUAGGUUUGAGCAAUUUCAAAAGUAUGAACAAACAUUUGGUUUCUUGUUUGAUUCUGAUAGGUUAAGUUCUUUAGAUGAUAUGAGCUUGAAGUCUUCUUGUAGUCGUCUUGAAACUGCUCUUACGCAUAAUGGACAUUCAGAUAUUAAUGGAGAUGAGUUGUAUGUGGAGUUAAAACUAAGAAGAGAGUUAUAUGUUAAUGAAAAAAAAGGACCCAUUGAAAUAUUGAAAGAUUUGAAAUUGUUUGAUUGUUAUCCUAAUGCGGUUAUUGCAUAUAGAAUUUUACUGACUAUUCCUGUUACUGUUGCAUCUGCAGAAAGAAGUUUUUCCAAGUUGAAAUUGUUGAAGUCAUACUUACGCUCUACAAUGUUACAAGAACGACUUAAUGGAUUAGCUAUGAUUUCUAUUGAAAAUGCCCUUUUGGAUAAAGUAGAUUAUGAAGAGUUGAUCGAUGAAUUUGCAUCAAAGAAUGCUAGAAGAACAGCUCUUUUUAAAUAAAAGAUUUGUAGUUUACAUUAUGUUUACAAUUUUGUUCAUAAUAAAUAAAGUUUGAAUUUGUUUAAGCUUUUUUGCA